UUGGUCAUCAGAGAGCUCUCAUAUAAAUUGAGAGGUAUUUCCUAGUGUUCUUGCCACCUUUCACUCACUAGCUCACUAUUUCCUUUUCACUCACAAUCUCUCAUAUACACCAUCUUUUUAGUUUAAGUCUCUCAUUUCUCCAUGGCAUCUGCUGAGGUUGAAACGAGCCAGGUCCUGGAGGAUGUUAAAGCCACACCAGUAGACGAAGAAACCCCAGUUGCUCCAACAAAUGUUGAAACAUCAUCAGAAUUAACAGAAACACCGGUACCAGUAGUUGAAGAACCUCCCAAAACAGAAGAUGAAGGAGAAGAGUUAAAACCAGAGGAAGAAACCAAAGUUGAUACUGAGGAAAAAACUGAGGAAAAGGUGGAAGAAGAGCAAGAUCCAAAGAUCGAUACUCCUGCCGAAGAAGCUGAUGUUGAAGUACUAGGGGAAGAAAAAACAGAAGCUGUUGAAGCUCCUGCAGAACCAGAAGAGAAUGCACCUGCACCUGAACCUGAACCUGAACCUGAAACUGCACCUGAAACCGCACCUGCUGAUGCAGAUGGUGAUGCUGCAGAGGAAGCUCCAAAGGAUGGUGAAGAGCAAGAGGAAUAGAUGAGCGUUAGUUCUCUCUAUAUAUUUAUUCAUAUGAUGAUGAUAAUGUGUCCUUUGAAUUGGGUUUGAGGUCAUGAGGUUCUAGGGUUUGGUUAUUUGGUGGUUUGGUUAUUUGUCUUUGUGGAGUUUUUGUUAUGUCUUAUGUAAUAAUGUGUGAGUGGCCUCUUUAGUAUUGUGGUCUUUUUAUUAUAUUGAUUAGUAUAUCAGUUUGGUUUAAGAGUUUCUCU